ACCUUUCACUCUUUUUGUCUAAUCAAUAAUUGAGGCCAUGGCUCAAGAGCAGCCCUCCUUGACUGUGCCUCUCAUUGAAGCUGAAGAAAAUAAACAAAGUUUGGGAAGAAAAGUAGAGGAAAUAGAAUCAGAUUCUUCUCAUUCCAUUUCAGCCACCAACUCUUUCUUCAAAACCUGUUUCAAUGGACUUAAUGCUCUCUCAGGAGUUGGGAUAUUAUCAACCCCAUAUGCACUAGCUUCAGGGGGAUGGUUAAGCUUAAUUCUUCUUUUCACCAUUGCAACUGCCGCAUUCUUCUCAGGUUUAUUAAUCCAAAGAUGCAUGGAUUCAGAUUCCAAUAUCCGAACUUAUCCCGACAUAGGCAAGCUUGCAUUCGGGAACAAAGGGAGAUUAAUAGUAUCCAUUUUCAUGUACACUGAGCUCUACUUAGUGGCCACGGGAUUCUUGAUUCUAGAAGGCGAUAAUCUUCACAAUCUGUUCCCAAACAUGGAGUUUGAAGUUGCAGGACUAACAAUUGGUGGGAAACCAGGGUUUAUCGUAAUCGUAAGCCUCGUGAUUUUGCCUACGGUUUGGUUAGAUAACUUGAACCUUCUUUCGUAUGUGUCAGCCAGUGGGGUUUUAGCUUCUGGAAUCAUACUUGUUUCGAUCAUAUGGACUGGUGCGUUUGAUGGGAUUGGGUUUCACCAGAAGGGAACACUGGUGAAUUGGGAUGGAAUGUUGACUGCUAUCAGCUUAUAUGCUUUCUGUUAUUGUGCACAUCCAGUUUUCCCUACACUUUACACUUCAAUGAAGAAGAAGCAUCAAUUCUCCAAUGUUCUGGUUGUAUGCUUUAUAUUGUGUACAAUCACUUAUGCAUCAAUGGCAAUCUUCGGGUACUUAAUGUUCGGAUCACAACUUCAAUCACAGGUAACAUUGAAUCUUCCAACAAACAAUAUCAGCUCCAAGGUGGCUAUCUACACCACCCUGGUGAACCCCAUAGCCAAAUAUGCAUUGAUGGUCACUCCCAUCAUCAAUGCCAUCAAAACCCGGUUUUCGUGCAGCCAUUACAGCCGGCGUUUUCUCGGCAUCAUCAUCGGCACCAACUUGUUGAUCAGCACCGCAUUGGUGGCUCUCGCCAUCCCGUUCUUCGGUUCACUGAUGUCCCUCGUCGGAGCCUUUUUAAGUAUCAUUGCUUCUGUCAUACUUCCAUGCUUAUGCUACUUGAAGAUUUCUGGUAUUUAUAGGAGAUUCAAUGGGGAACUGGUUGGAAUUUGCCUUAUAAUUAUAGUGGGGAUUUGUCUGGUCAUAUUUGGUACUUUCACAUCUGUUGUAGAUAUCAUAGGCAAUUUUUAAAUAAGAAUGGUUCAGGUAUUUGAUAUGUUU